AUGAUGCUUGCGGUUGAAGAUGUGUUGAGCGAACUCGCCGGUGAAGAAAGGAACGAGAGAGGUUUGCCACCUGGCUUCCGGUUUCACCCGACGGACGAAGAGCUCAUUACUUUCUACUUAGCUUCCAAGAUCUUCCAUGGAGGUCUCUGUGGCAUUCACAUCGCCGAAGUUGAUCUUAACCGCUGCGAGCCUUGGGAACUUCCCGAAAUGGCGAAGAUGGGAGAGAAAGAGUGGUACUUUUAUAGUCUAAGGGACAGGAAAUAUCCGACGGGGUUAAGGACUAAUAGAGCCACUACUGCUGGAUAUUGGAAGGCUACCGGAAAAGACAAAGAGAUUUUCGCCACCGGCGGCGGCGGAGGAGGAGGAGGAGGAGGAGGAGCGCUUGUGGGGAUGAAGAAGACUUUGGUGUUCUACAAGGGAAGGGCUCCACGUGGCCUCAAAACUAAGUGGGUCAUGCAUGAGUAUCGUCUCGAAACCGACCAUUCACACCGCCACACGUGCAAGGAGGAAUGGGUGAUUUGUAGAGUGUUCAACAAAACAGGAGACAGAAAAAAUGUCGGACUCCAUAGCCAAAUCAGCUACCUUCACAACUCUUCACUCUCAACAACACAUCAGCAUAACCUUAACCAUAGCCAUUAUCAUCAUCAUCAUGAAACGUUGCCUCCUCUUCUAGAAACUUCCAAAACCCUAACCACCUUCCCUUCACUACUUUACGAUGAUACCCACCAAAAUUACAAUAGUAACCUUCUCCAUGGAUCAUCAGGCCACAACGUCGACGAGCUCAAAGCCAUAAUCAACCCGGUCGUGUCUCAGUUCAACGGAUUCAUCUUCUCGCCGGGAAACAACAAUGACGAAGACGAUAACUUCGGCGUCAAGACAGAGCAAUCUUUCAACGGCUGUAGUAACGAUCUUGACGUACGAGAUUACUUGGAGAAUCCUCUGUUUCAGGAAGCGGGUUACAGUCUGUUGGGUCUUUCGUCUUCUCCUGGACCUCUCAUGCUGUUAGAUUCUCCAUGUCCUUUAGGUUUCUAG